UACACUAACAACGAGUACACUUCGGAGGCCGACUUGGCUAGUCUUCCGUAUGAAAAAUUAUUACGGGGGAACCCGGACGGCGUCCUGACUCGAAUUUAGAUGAAGACGAUUGAGAUAUUAUCUUUUCGCUUGUGUACCAGAGAGAGAAAGUCUUCAUACUCGCGGACAGUAAGUAAAAAUUUCUCCUUGUGCACGCCGGCGAUCGAGAAAGCUUGGCGAUCGAGAAAGCUUUCGACUUCGGCUCUCCUUCGUUUCUACUCCAUUUGCUGUAAGUUACCUGCAACGGUAGCUAUGCAAGGACCUGGGAAUGUUACAGCGAAGGACAUGCCACAUGGAAUCAAUGAAACUACCGUCCAUGAAUAUGAUUCUCAAGCUAAAUUACUUCAAGAAUUUUCUAAAGUUCCUAGCAUUGACAAGGCAUGGAUUUUUAAGUCUGAUAGUGGAGGCAGUUCCCGGGCAAUGUUUUCGAUCAGUCAGAUGAAUUUUGUGGCUAACAAAAAGAGGAAACUUAUUCUUUCAUCUCAUAUUGUAAAGACCAAUAACCAAUCUACAAAUUUCCAAUGGUCCCCAUUUCCGGUUGAAAUGGAUGGUGUGUCUGCAAUUGUUCCUUCACCUUCAGGUUCAAAGCUUCUAGUUGUUCGUAAUAAGGAAGAUGAAGCGCCUACACAGCUUGAAAUCUGGGGUUCCGCACAGCUGGAGAAAGCGAUACAGAUUCCACGAUCUGUUCAUGGCUCACUGUUUGUUGAUGGAUGGUUUGAGGGAAUUUCAUGGAAUUUUGAAGAAACUCAUAUUGCAUAUGUUGCAGAAGAGCCGGCUCUACCAAAGCCGGUGUUUGAUGACUCUGGCUUCAAGGGAGAAGGUCCUUUCAACAAGGAUAGUGGUACCUGGAACGGUCAGGGAGAUUGGGAAGAGGACUGGGGUGAAACCUAUUCGAAGAAAAGGAGGCCUACAUUAUUCGUUCUCCAAAUUAGUAGUGGAGAGGUACAGAUUGUCAAGGGCAUUUCAAAGUCGUUGAGUGUAGGGCAGGUUGUUUGGGUUCCUUCAUUUUCCAGUGCCUCUGAGAAGUUCUUAGUUUUUGUUGGCUGGUCAUCAGAAAAUGGUCCGCAGCAAACUCCAAGGAAGCUUGGCAUUAAAUAUUGUUACAACAGGCCGUGUGGCUUGUAUGCAGUCAGGGCUCCUUUUGGAGGACAUGAUAACAAAGCAGUAAUCGAGACAAAAGAAUUGGAAGAUUCUGCAGGAUCAAUUAUUUUGACAGCUGAUCUAAGUAGUGCAUUCUUUCCCAAGUUCAGUCCAGAUGGUAAGCAUUUGGUGUUCCUAUCUGCUAGAAGUGCUGUAGAUAGUGGAGCGCAUUGGGCUACAAAUUCAUUGCAUAGAAUGGUUUGGCCAGCUGAUGGGAGACCUGACUCAUCUGCAAAAGUUUCUUGUGUGGUUCCUGUUGUUAUGUGUCCCAAAGAAGGUUCAUUCCCUGGACUUUACUGCUCUCAUUUUCUUCCUUGUCCAUGGCUUUCCGAUGGAUAUACUAUUAUUCUGUCUUCUGCAUGGCGUAGUACAGUAGCAAUUCUCUCCAUCAAUAUUUUGAGCGGCCAAGUAUCACGAAUUAGUCCUGGUGACACAAUUUAUUCAUGGGAUGUUCUUGCACUAGAUGGAGAUGAUAUCCUUGCUGUCACCAGCAGCCCAAUAGAUCCUCCUCAACUGAAGUAUGGAUCCUACACAAACCAUAUGGAACAGUCUUCAUGGAAUUGGCUAGAUGUUUCUAGUCCAGUUGCUGGAUGCUCUGAUAAGGUCAGAUCUUUAUUGUCUUUGAACCACUGUAGCAUACUGGAAGUCCCCGUUAAGAAUCCUUCUGAGACCCUUUCUGAAGGUGCCAGGAGACCAUUCGAAGCUAUUUUCAUUUCACACUCGAGUUCUGAAUCUGAGGAAACUUGCAAAGGGAAUAAAAAAGAUGCUGUAUGUGGUCCAGUAAUUGUAAUCAUCCAUGGUGGUCCACAUUCAGUUUCUUCUACCACCUAUGCAAAAUCGUUCGCGUUUCUCUCUUCACUGGGCUACAAUUUACUUAUUGUAAACUAUAG